CCCGACCUGCAACUGAGCUCUUUGCCCGUCCUCGAACCCAGCGAUGCGCCUGGCGGCCUGCUAACAAGACCUUACCCACCCAGCAACACAACCACUGCCAUGGUUCGUGUCACGGACGAACUGGCUCUCUCGCCGGAGCACAUCACCCUCUACCGCACAACCGACCCUCUUCUCGGCCAUCUCCCUGUCCUUGUUUUCCACGGGCCUUCGACCACCGCCAAUUUUACGCUCAAUAGCUCCCGCGUUCAAGUCCACGUCUAUGGCCCCGCCGGUUUCAAGUCCUUCCCGCGCCUGACCAUCAGCCCCAAUUCGCCAUUUUAUAGCGUUGUCAACUACUUGCCUCGCGAAUGGCAGGGCGAUGAGACCUACCGCGGCCUCGCCUUCGGUCUCUACAAAUACUUCACCGAGUUGCCAGAAGUAGUGAAGAAUCAUCUCAAAAACACAUACCCGACCACUAGGGGCAGGCGCCCAGGGAGCGCUCCGGCGCUAUUUGGGGAACAACAUGCCGCCGAUCUGGCGAAGGGCCUAGUCAAGAGCGAUAACACGGCCGAUGUCAUUGCCGCCCUGCAAACGGCGCUCCAGACGCAACAUUUGACGAAUGUGGAUAUCGACCUUGUCCUACCACCGGGUGCCAUCGUGCCCUUGCGGCCGGAGGACCUGGAGGAAGUGCCGGACGAUGAGGACGACAUACUAGAUCCUACUCUGCGCAUGUACGGUGGUUACACGCCGUUGGUCAAACUCUUCGGGGAGCCUGUCUUCUUGCCGACAGCCAGACUGCGCAGAGCCCCGUCCAAACCGACGUCGCUAAAUCGAAGCAAGUCCUUCGCCAAAGAACAGAAGGUGGAAUUGAGAAUGAAGCUUGGCGAACUCGUCGCUACCGAGGAAAGAUACGUGGCGAAGCUGUACGAGUUGGUCAAACACAUUGCCGACGACUUCCGACAAAGCGCCAAGCAGCGCGCUCCGGGCAGCCUGAGUCCAUCCGAAGAGGAGCUGGAGAGGCUGUUUCCCCGCUCCGCCGAUCGUAUUCUACAAGUGAAUUCCGCCUUUAUGCAAGAGCUGCGCAAGAUCAUGGACGACACCGAGGAGGAGGCUAUGCUGGACAUGCAGACCACGACUGUCGCCCUGACCGGUUCCAAGCUGGGGGCUUCCGCGCGGACAAAGGACCCGAGUGGUGCCCUGGCCAUGGCGAGGGUAUUUCUUGACUGGUUCCCCAAGUUUACGGAUUGCUAUCAGGACUACAUUCGUGCCAGCCAGCAUUUCCCCGUCCUGCUCACCUCUUUCCUCAAUCACCAGUCAAGCUUCCGUCAGAGAGUCACACAGGCAGGAGAGCAGACAGUGCGAUCAGUUUUGAUCGAACCCGUGCAAAGGUUGCCACGAUACAGCCUGCUCAUCGACCAGGUUGUCGGCUGUCUACCUAUCACGCACCCGGCCCUGCAGCCCUUACUCAAGGCGCGUGACAUUAUCACGAACAUCUGCUCCAUGGACGACCCGCUACCCGACAAGCCCCAGGUCGCGAACCGCCUCCGCAACAUGGUGGAGAGCUGGCCCCUUGACCUCCAGCCACAGGGCAGGCUUCUUCUUGCCGCCGACUUUGUCGAAUUGCCCGCACCUUUUCGCAUGAUCGACCAGUCCGAGGUCCCCGAUCGCUCCGGUAUCUUUCUCCUCUUCUCCGACUGCAUAGUCAUCCUCAAGAAACUGGCCCCGAACGUGGUAACCGGACGCGACCUCCUACGCGAGAUCGAUAAACCUUCUGCCGCCGGACUUCUCGUGUCCAUGACGAACGCUGCCGGUGGCCCCGCGUCGUAUGAGCUUGCCUUCACGGGAUGGCACAAUCUCGCCGAUGUUCGUUUCACCGAGUCGUCCGACGGAACCCUGGUUUGGAUGACUGCGACCCAGGAGAUGAAGGGGGCUCAUGCGGGAGAGUGGGUGACUGGGACGGCGGUGACAUCUCGCUGCUUCAUGCUGCUGGAGAGUUACGAAGGAAAAGCUGCGAAAUGGACGGAAGACAUUGUCAAAGCCCGCGUGGAGGGACGAUUCUCCGAAGCCGAGCGCGAUGACCCUUGCUGGACAUUGCGGUCCGUCAAGAUGCCGGAUAACAACCUUGGCAUGUUCGCCGCUGUUUUCCAGGAAGGUGCGGACCAGUUGAUCGAAGGGAGGAGAGAGCCUGCGCCCAUUCGCGUUGUCGUCGAUCACGAGAAGGGAACCAAAGGCGCGCCAGUGGGCCACUACGGCGUAGAGAUUACCAUCGACAUAUAUUGCGGAGACAUGAGGCGCGUGAGCAUGCGCACUGCCGGCUUGAAUUGCAAGCAGUUUUCUGAUGAGAUAGCCGUGGAAGACCUCAUUCCCACGCUUUCCCGUCGAAUCAUCCAACUCCUAAGCAUGCAGUUUAACGUCUCUAACCUGCGCCUUGCGCCUGCCUUGGUCUCGUACUAUACAAAGGUCCUCAAAGGAAUGCAACUGUCGAACCGGGCCGAGAAAACAAGAUCGUUCCUUGCCUCUUCGCCCGUCAAGGGACUCUUGUCGACUAUCUGGGGCGGCGGCUCAAACUCGAACACGGAGCAGGGUCCCAAGCAGGCGCGAACGCCCGUUUCCACUGCCUUCCCGCCAUCGAUGUCCCGCGGGAACAGCGAGACAAAUUCCAUCUUCGGGUCCGCAAGAAGCCGAGACGGUGUCCGUGCCAAUGUGGACGACAAGCCCGACAACCCCCUCAUGCGACUCGAGCAAACAUUUACGGGAUACGUAGCCAGCCUACAGUCCCGCAAAGGGAGCAUUGUCGGGCGGAUGCUGCUGAAUAGAGCGGUAGUCGAUGAACUAGCCGUGAACGAUCUGUACAACCGACUUAUAGAGAGCCCGUUUGACCUGGAAGCCUCGGCCGACCUCACUGCCGAUGUCAUAUUCGUCGCAUUUGAAAAGUUCCUUCACAUCGCCUGGCGAGAGCAGAUGGGACCGGUAAUGACAAUCCAAGCCCUCGACACCCUCCAGGAGCGGGUGAAUAGGCAGGUGCCCGGGAAUUUCUCCGAUUUUGUCAACUACAUGUUUGGCGAUAUGGCGCCGCAGAACCGACGAGCCUUUACGGCAUUGAUCAAGUUGCUGGCAGACCUGCUCGAAGGUUGCGGUAACGACGGUGAUCGCGGCGUUUUGACGGUGGCAUUCGCAGAGCUGCUCGUGCCGGACGGCACAGCCCAUAAUUACAUUAACCUCCUUGAUCGGCUCGUCGACGAUUGCGACCGGAUUUUCGAGGACAUCGGAUUCGGGACACAUCCUAGCCCCGGUACCUCAGCCUACGAACCGGUGACUCCGACAACACGCAGUGUCAAAACCGGAUCUCUUACAUCCAACACCUCGUCGAUCCGUCGCAAGUUCGGUUUCGACACGCUUCUGCGCCAAAACAGUAAGAACGAAGACCGUCCCUCUGUUUGGAGGACGCUCAGUAAGCACAGCCGUAACCCAGCGACAGGAGACGUCAACCACGGUAGUCUGUCCAGGGCGAUGGGCAGGACGAGAUCCAUAGACAUGGGGACUGGCUAUGCGCAGCCCAAUAAGCUCAGGCGUCCCGACUCGCGAGACAGGCCGCCCAUUGCCGGAGCUUUCGAGGAGCCACCACGGCCGGCUAGCUCUCACCGGCACGACCCCCGCUUGGAGACGAUCGGUGAGCCCGGUCCUGAGGCUUACCCGGCCAAGUCGCCUAGGAAGAAACGGCGCAGCUCACUAUCGGAUCUGAGGAGCCUUAUGGAGGCUGCGACCAUCCGGGACGCAGAGGAAGACGCCGUCAUGCCCCUCAGCAUAAAUAAACAAACUUCGGAGAAGUUUAACUCUACCCCUGUAAAUAAGCCACCCACGCCGUCCAGAAUUCCAGUCAGCCCGGCGACCCAGAGCCUGCGCACCCCGCGGCUACAGAAGGAAAACCUCAGCCUGGUGGAAGUCUUCCAGCCAUCGUCGUCGACGAACAGCGACAAGUCGCCGAGACGGCACUCGAAAGCAUUGUCAACAUCCCAGAUCCCGACCCUGAAACCGGCACGCAGCGCGCCUCCCACCACGGGCGAAGCGUCGUCCACUCGGCCUCCCACCACCAGCAGCAGCCCAACCAAAGCCAGUGGCUCCGGCAAGCUGCGUCUGCAAUCGCCGCAGAAACUGCGGGAGAGGCUGCAGACGGAAAAACAAGCGGUCGACGAAGUCGAUGCGUCGCUCAAGUCGGAGCUCAGCAAGAUCGCGGAGGAAAUGUCACGCGUCAACAGCGGCGGCCUCGGACAUCGGACCGGAACCGUGGACCUGAGGCGGCUGGCGCAGUCGGUGGCCGCUUUGGAAGAGCGGGUCCCCGCGGUGAUGGCCGACCUCGACCAGCGGCAUGCUGCCAUCCAGCGCGACAUGGACAGCACGCUCAAGGCGUCGGAAGCCAAGGUCAAGGCGAUCGACCAGCUCUAUAAGGAGACGACGGCCGAGAACGAGCUCCUGUACGAAAAAUUCAACAGCGAGCUGGGGAAAAUCGUCAAGGCGCUGCGGGGCAGGGGGCGCGAGGACAAGGAGGAAUUGGUCGCCAAGCUGCGCGACCAGAGCGAGGAAACGGCGCGGUUGAAGAAGGAGAAUAUGCGACUGCGGCGGGAGAUGGCCAGCCUUCGGUCGGCGUUGAAAGGGGGUGGGGUAGGAGGCGAUGACGCUUAGGAUAGCGUGUCAAGGGUCGUCCUCAUUCUACUGGACCAGGCGCGUGGCGUUUGGGACUGGGACGGAAGCUGGUAGGGACAGGAUCCGGCCAAGGUGGGCGUUUCGGAUUGCUCUUGUUUGUGCAUUAAUAUUUGGGAGGGUUGGUUGGUUGACUGGCUAUUCGGGCGCGGCAGGGUCGCGGCGGUGAAUAGAGAGAACACGGAACCCACGUCCUGUCAGGGAUGACAAUAGCUGUUUUUUUACGAGCAUUACGAUACACCAACGAAAUGGAUGAAGGACAUUAAAACUUCUU